AUGAACUUGACCGUGCCUGCGGUAGGAAAAGAGUCUGAUGUACCAGCAGAACUUCGAGUUGUGAAUGAAUCAGAGAAACGUUAUUUCAAGUCUACAGUUGCAAACCAGCUACUGCUUGUUUCUCUGCUAGAACAUCUUUGCUACUUGUAUUCACAAAAUCCUGUUCAUUCAAGACAUUUGUUCCAAAUAAUUUGUCAGACAUUCACUAGAAUGGGAUUGCUCUCCUCUUUUGCCUUCUGUGAUGAAUUUAGUACUUUAAGAUUGCAACAUAAUAGAGCCAUUACUCAAUUAAUGAAAGCAUCUAAUCAACAAAUACUUGAGGAGCUCAACAAUAGAGAUUGUCUCACAGAUAGUGAAAAAGAAGUUCUCUUUGAAGCACAAACUUCACGCUACUUAAAUGAAUUUGAUGAGAUUGCAAAACUAGGAAAAGGGGGAUAUGGUACAGUGUACAAGGUCAGAAACAAAUUGGAUGGUCAAUUCUAUGCAAUUAAAAAAAUUCUUAUUAAGAAAUCUACCAAAAGAGAGUACAUGAAGGUAUUUCGAGAAGUUAAAGUAUUGGCUGGCCUGCAACAUACUAAUAUUGUAGGCUAUCACACUGCUUGGAUGGAACAUGUUCAACAAACAUAUCCAAAAGAUAAGACAGUCCUGAAGUUGCAGCCACUCAGAAUGUCUUCUGACCAAGAGAGUGUCAAAGAUCAGUGUAAUAUUCAAAAUAAAGAAAGCAGCAGUUCCAUUAUCUUUGCUGACCUUACCUCAGAAGAAAUUAAAUCCCGUGGAUAUACAUUUCUUGAGAAUCAAGAUGAUAAAUCAAUGCAGCAUAUGGAUAUAGCGAAAGAUUUUACUGUUGGAGAUGGUAAAGAAAGUAUAAAAACGAAUAAAUAUGAACUCUUCACUGACUCACAAGAAAGCUGCAUUAAUACUAGUGACAACAGAUCAGUUUGUUUUAAAAAUAAUCAAUCACAUGGACUUCAUUCUUGUCUGAAUAAAGACAAUAUCAUUUCAAGUGAUUCUUGCAAUGAAGAAGAAUGUUCCCAGAAACAUAUGUUUGUGCACAGGAAAUGUGAGAUGGAGUAUUGUCUGAUGGUUCAUAUACAGAUGCAACUGUGUGAAAUAUCCUUGUGGGACUGGAUUGUUGACAGAAACAAAAAAUGUGGUGAGAGCACAGAAGAAACUUACGGUCCUUACCACCUUGUGGAUGUUAGGUGGACAUCAAAAAUUUUUCAAGAAUUACUAGAAGGAGUAUGUUAUAUCCACAGCAAGGGAGUCAUGCAUCGAGACAUUAAACCCAGAAAUAUCUUUUUACAUGGAUCAGACCGCCACGUGAAAAUAGGAGAUUUUGGACUGGCUUGCAGAGAUAUUAUACAGGAAACCCCAGACCACUGGUUAAAGACAGAGAAGAUAAAUGGGCUACAACAUACUUCAGGAGUGGGUACUUGUCUGUAUGCUUCACCAGAACAGUUGCAAGGAUCUCACUAUGAUUUCAAGUCAGAUAUGUACAGUGUGGGUGUAAUUCUUCUAGAACUUUUUCAUCCAUUUGGAACAGAAAUGGAAAGAACCAAGAUUUUGACAAGCUUACGAAAUGGCCAUGUUCCUGGUUCUUUUAAAAACAAAUGGCCAGUACAAUACAAGUACGUUAAGUUGUUAACCAGUGAGGUAUCAUCACAGAGACCAACUGCUGCUCAGCUUCUUGAAAGUGAACUGUUUAAUAAUACAGAAACUGUUAUUUGUAGUCUACAACAGAAGGUGAUGCAGCAAGAGGAAGAAAUUGAAAAGCUUAAAGAGAAAAUAAAACUGCUUUCAAAAGAAAAAGAGAGAGAAGAUAGGCACAAGAGUCUUGGUUCUCCUGUUUAAGUGGAGCAUCAGCGAUUGUAUAUACAGGAGUUUAAUGUACCUUAUAAAGUUUUUUUAUAUAAAUGUCAAA